GCGGAAAAUUUCUCACUGUUUGUUUGCAGGUUCUUAUCUCCUGAUCCAGCUCCAACGCUCGCUGAUGACAUCGAUCCCUCAAAGCUCCCAUCAAUGCCCGAAGACGAUCCAAAUGGCAACGUCAACUCGGAGAUGGGUGCUGCGGUGCCUCGUUGGGGACCAGAACAUGCUGGAGCUAAAGCCCUAGCUUCUAUGUACAGUAAAGAGAAACGCCUGCAGGAACAGGUCUCAGUCGUUGUGGCUUCUAUUUUAUUUGUACUUGUCUUCGUGAGCCUUUUGAGGAGUUGGGACUCUUCUAACUGGGGAUCGGUGUUGAUUGGUGCAGUUUUGGGAGUAAUGACUGCCGACUUUGCGUCCGGACUCGUGCACUGGGGUGCAGACACGUUCGGCAGCGUGGACACCUACUUUGGAAAAAUGUUCAUUCGACCAUUCCGAGAGCAUCACGUGGACCCGACCGCAAUCACGCGACAUGAUUUUGUGGAGGUUAAUGGCGACAAUUUCAUGCUUUGCAUCCCUAAUCUUGCUCAUGUCGUCUAUCAACAUUUCACUAUGGAUCAAGAGGAACUGCGACAGUGGGCCGCAUUUCACUGGUACAUCUUGCUGCUUGGGAUUUACGUUGCAAUGACGAAUCAGAUUCACAAAUGGUCCCACACCUACUUCAAUCUUUCUCGAUGGGUAAUUUUGCUGCAGAAGGCACACAUCGUUCUACCUCGAUCCCAUCAUAAGAUACACCAUAUUGCCCCACAUGCUUGCUACUACUGCAUCACUACAGGAUGGCUGAACUAUCCACUUGAAUACAUCGGUUUUUGGAGGAAAGCAGAAUCUGUUGUGACAGCUUUGACAGGCAUGAAACCGAGAGAGGACGACUUGAAGUGGGCCAAAAAACUCCAUUAA